CAGAAAUCCGCAUGCACAAGAUGUCCGGAAAAGUUCUCGCGUGCGAAGAACGUGCGACGUCUUUUCGCUUUUCGGAAUAAAUUCAUAUCACUGAACUAUUUCACUGAUUCAUAUUUCAAAAUGGCGGCACGUUUGCUCAAUUUUAACAAGUAUUUUCGUGGUUCUCCAUUCAUUACGACGCGAUUACUGAAAUGUGAGGGACGGAGAAAAGUGAGUAUGUGGUAUAAAGUAAUAAUAGAACAAAAACUUGCACGGAAAUUUAGUGCAAGGCGGGGAAAAUGGCUUAUUUGUGUGAUGAGGAGUGGGGAGGGUCAUGUCAUGUCGCAUCAGGACACAUUACAGGGCCAAUAAUUUUGUUUUAUGCUGAAAUUAGACAUCGAAUUUCGAAAUACAGGUGUAGAAAUGUAUAUAAUAUAGGUCGCAUAAUAACUCCUCAAACUUCAGCUUAAAUGCCUUAACCCAAGUGUGGAAAGUUUGUACUGCACGCCCGAGAUAUCGAGCGUGCAAUUUUGAUGCUUUCUGUAUAUUUACUUUUAAAUUUUUGAAAUCUCGGCCACGCAAUUUCCAAGCUUUCCAGUCAGGGCCUUAACCACUUGACUAUAAAUGGUGACUUGACUUCCCUAACAUCUAGUGAAAUAUAAUGUGGUAUCAUCUUAUCACAUUUAAUGCUUGGAUAUUAGGAUCUAGAGUCUGACAAAUGGUGUUCAAGAAUUAAAUCAUAUGAAAUUUCACAUAUGAACACUAGCCAUAAUUCAUCUUCUUUAAUUCAAGCAUACCAUACCUGUGUAGCCACUGACAGUUACUUCAUUUGCCAGUUUUCUAGCAUGGAAUGUCACUCAAACUUAUACACAAAUUUCAACAGAAGCCAGCCUGGCAUUCCUUGGGGUCUAACAACAGCAAGAUUCAUGUCUAGUAGUGAAGAAUUUAAAAUGGGUAAGUUGGUUAACCCAAUGCACCAGGGACGCCGGAACGAUAAUAGGGCAAAGGGGGGCGGACGCACACCAAGGGUACCUUUACUGAAAAUUUUUUUUUCACUGCAAAAUGUUUUGUCAAAAAUUUUUUCCGGACAUACAAAAAUUUUCCGUGAAGCCAAAAUUUUUUCCAGAUAUCUUAAAUUUUCACCAUUUCUUCAAACUAUUUUUCUAAAUUCCAAAAAUUUCCCAAAAUUUUUAUAAAUAUAAACUAUAAAUUACCUGAAUCUCGUGAUUUUCCUACAAAAAGCAUUGUUGGAAAUGUGAUUUAUCACGUAUUAUUUUACAACUAAAAGGGCACUUCUGCCCCCCUAGCAGCCGCCCCCCCCAGUUCCGGCGUCCCUGCAAUGCACAUGUUGGUCACUGACAUAGCUGCAACCUUCAAGAUUUUGUAAGAUUUAGAAACAGUUUAGUGCCUCUGGAAAGCGCUUCAUAUGCACAAUUUUUGAGGCUCUAACUUGUCACAAACUUGAAAAUGACCAAAGUAGGAAGUCCAUGGCCUACUGUAUUUUCUCAAUUGUAGGUUAAUAUAGUGAAUUAAAUAUUUUGCUUUUCUAUCCAGGCUCGAUACUUGGUGAACCAGAAGUCAUUUCCAAUAUUGCACAACAGAUUUCCGAACCAUCAUUUGAAAGCCUAGGUCUGGGUGGAAACAGUCCUAUUGGACUGGUACAGCAAGUCAUGGAAAAUAUUCAUGUCGGCAUAGGCUUGCCUUGGUGGGCAACCAUAGUAGCAACAACUAUAGUAUUUCGAACACUGAUGAUGCCGCUUGUUAUACGAGGCCAGGCAAAUGCAGCUAAAUUGAACAAUAUUAAACCAGAGUUAGAUAUUUUAACACAACAGAUGCGAGAGGUUGCUAAUCAACAGGAUAACACAAAAAAAGCAGAAACGUCGAGGGAUUUACAAAAUCUUUUCUCAAAACAUAAUUGCCAUCCAUUUAAGGUACUGUAUAAUUAAAAACUUAGAAAAUGAACACCUAAACUGUGUUUAUUUUGGAUAGCUCUGGCACUUCUCUUGAGGAGCCAUCCAUCAGUUAUUGGCCCAUCAUUACAGGGAGAGACAAGCGUAUGUCAAACAGGAAACCAAUUGUGGUUGUUAAAGUCAAACUGGAAGCACUCUGCCUACCGAGAUGAAAUUAUAUUAGACAAGUGUUCAAAACGAAUUGAUCCCUGUUUAUCAAGAUGAAAGCCAGAUGUGCACUAAUCACUGUGUGCGACCAGAUUGUUUCAUAAUUCACAUUUCUCCUGCAUGUUUUUCAAUUUUGUAGUCACUGAUCAUUCCGGUUGUCCAAAUCCCACUAUUUCUGUCAUUCUUUGUUGGUAUAAGACGUAUGGCAAAUCUCCCUGUGGAAUCAAUGAAAACUGGUGGCCUCCUGUGGUUUCCAGAUCUUACCAUUGCCGAUCCAUAUUUUCUCUUACCGAUACUGUGCAGUGCUUCAAUGUUGCUUACUAUUGAGGUGGGAGACUGUAAUAUACUGUGCUGUAGUUAGUGAACAGGGAGGGGAAAGUGUAACAUGCCAUCCUUGCUUUUUCUCCACUGUCAAGUAAAGGUUGAUAUUCAGGGAAAUACACCCUUCUGGAAAGUACAUCACCUUGGCUACAUUGCCUUGUUUUUGUGACAUUGCACUUUAACUAAUGUCAUACGCAUGAAAACGAGGCUCUAUGGCCAAAGUGAUUUCAUUACUAUCCGGAAGGUGUAUUACAUGAGGAUUGAAUGUGGAAUUUCAAAGUGAAACAAGAAAAGGGUUUAGAAUUUCUAGUUUGUUUAUCAGGCUCAAGUUGAACUAUAUGCAUGCAAGUUUGUUUGUGUAGAUGGCAAAGUAUGUAGAUGUUUGUAUCGACUGUUUACCCUUGAGGAAACAAUGUUUCCUGGUUUGUGGACCUUGGGUGCAUCACAAUAUUUUUAAUGACAAAAUGCUAAUUAUUCCACAUUAUAGUUCAUGUGAAGUUUUAGAAUCAUGUUCUACUUUUUUCCAGGCUGGAGCCGAAGCUGGUGUGAGCAAUCCACAGUUUAAGAAUGUCAAACAAGUUUUUCGCGUCAUGGCAAUUUUAAUGAUUCCUCUCACAGCCAAGUUUGCAACUGUAAGAUUUUAAAUCUUUAUAGUUAACUGAAUAACUCUACAGUAUAGGACCAGUUCCAAACUGUCCUUCGUAGACGUCCAGUAAGGGUCAUUCUUUACCGAUUCAUGCAUUGUUACUACAAGAGGAAAUUGUAGUAAACCUGUGGUGUCUGGUAGCGGCAAACUGGAAGUAGCUACUCUUAGACUCACAUGUAACUGAGGCAAAAUUAUAAUCAGGCAAUUGUAUACUAUAGUCUAUAGAAAUGAACAAUAUUUGAAGGGUCUUCUAGAAGGAAAUUAUCUAGUGGAAAUUUAUUAUUCCAUCUUCAAUACCCAUCAAAUAUUAUUCGAGUGAGAUGCCACAAAAAUGUUGAUAUAGAAAUGAACCCCCGUCAUGGAAGCACAGAAGUAAAAGUUACAUACACUGACAACCUGAGGCAACCAACACCUUUUCAUACACAGAAAAAUCUGUACCAAUUUUUUCAUUUCUCCACACAGGGUCUAUUCACUUACUGGAUGACUUCCAAUACAUUUUCACUCGGGCAAAUGCUUUUCCUGCGUAUUCCAGCCGUGCGCACGUUUUUUGGAAUUCCGAAAAUGGUCGACCAUUCGGAUAAGAAGACGGAAUCAGGAGGCUUCAUUGAAAAUUUAAAAUCAGGUAGGCACUCUUCGCGAAUGAUUUUGAAGUUUUGGGCACCUCGCUAGACAGAACAGAAGUUUAAAUUUUGUUGUUGAUGGUUUUCUCCGACGAAAAAUAGGCACAAAUUUAAGUGAAUCAUAUUGUUUUCCGCUUGGUAUAUCCAACUCUUCUUUCCAAUUAUUCAGAAUAAUUCAUGCUUGUACCUACACUGCAAAGUCUGCAAUCACCUUGUGGCUAGCUCUUUAAACUGCAACUGGUCUCUAUAAUUUGGUGGUCAGAGCGCUCUACUGGAAUCAAAGCCAGGGACGUGCCAUCGGGAGAGAUUAGCUUGCAUUUUUCGCAAGUGCUCCCGAUUAGGUCUUGUGUACAGUGCGUGUUUUGCUCGAAAUCUCUAUAGGGAGGUCAGUUUAAAAGUGACAGAGCUGUCCAGUCAAAUAUUGUUUAGUUUAUUCUUUUAAAUUUGCGGGUCAUCAUCUUUAUAACAAUGAAAAACAAUAAAACUGUAGAAAUCGUCUUUCUAAAGAACGAGUCACGAACAAUGAUCAUUUUUGUUUCUGAAAGCGAAUCACAAAACAUGAUCAUUUUAGGUAGGUCCUUGACCCGAAUUUGGGUAUGAAAGCAGUUCAACUAAUUUACCGUCAAUGCCAUAACUUUCAGGUUACAAGAAUGCUCAAAAUCUCGCGGUAAUCAAACACAAUGAACAACAAAAACAGAAAGCAUUUGAUCUCGCAUCCAAAGAACCGCUUAAACAGACAUAUGAAAGCAACCCACUGGCGGGAACUAAUGAACAACUAUUUAAAAAAGCGGCUCGCACUAGUAAAAAGAAACGGAGGAAAAAUAAUCAAGAAAAGUUUACGAAUGAUAUGUAGUUCAUGUGGACGUUAUAAAAGAUAAUACUGUAUGUAUAUGUAUGUAUAUGGAAAUUCUAUGUGUAGGAUGUACAUAUUUUUAACAUAUGUCAAUGCGAGCCACAGGUUAGCCUGCUCAGCAGCCCCCACCCGAAAAUUUGACCCAAAUUUCCGGUUUCCUUAGAACGAAAUUGCGGGCUGCGAGCAGGCUAGCCACAUGCAGGUUUUAUGUAUAUAAAUAUACAACAUUUUAUGCAAGCCCAAGAAGCGGGUUGGAUUUUGGCGAGUGUUUUAUACAUAGAAAUAUAUUAUACCGUCUGCAUUUGGAAAACAAGCAGGCAAAGAAGCAGCAACCUUCCACAGUUAAAUAUAUCUGACAGUAAGCGUUCGCCAGUUUCAAGCGAGUUCCUGUUACAGGGCUAAUCUUGCCACAUUCGUAAUAUCUCGCUUGUUCGUGCCCAAUCCCGCUUACUGGAUUCGCCCCAAACAGCUGUUCUGUUUACAGAAACCAUUUCCGUACAGCCUAAUACAAUAACUCGAAUGGACAGGAAUUUUCCCGGCAAAGACGCGGAUAGAAUUCUUUACCUCCACAUGGCAAAUCACUCGCUCUUUGCUUGAAAAGACAGAACAGAGGGCGAUAAUUUAUCCCUACCAAGUUUUCUCUUGUUCACCACCAUCACAACAGGACUGUCCACACGUACGGAUAAAAAUUUGAAAAUCUAAAUAGAAAUGGCGAAUUAUCAAAAAGACAUUUUAUUAAAAUUUCUUCU